CCAUUGAUAUUUAGAAGGCCAAGGUCUGAAUUUCGACCAGGGUACCUUUAUCUGUGAGAGAAAUCUUUACGAGUCUCAUCUUUAUUUAUAUCUCUGCAAGUAUAUAUAUAUAUCACCGUCGCUUUAAAUUUUCUGUCUCCGCUUGAGUUCAAUCGUGCCGAUCAUUUCUCUAUACCAUGGCUAACGCAACAUCAGGAAUGGCUGUGCAUGAUGACUGCAAGCUAAAGUUUUUGGAGCUGAAAGCAAAAAGAACUUAUCGCUUCAUAGUAUUCAAGAUUGAAGAGAAGCAGAAGCAGGUUAUUGUGGAGAAGGUUGGUGAGCCAACUCAAAGCUAUGAGGAUUUUACUGCAAGCCUUCCAGCUGAUGAGUGUCGAUAUGCGGUCUAUGAUUUCGACUUUGUGACAGAAGAGAAUUGCCAAAAGAGCAGGAUUUUCUUCAUAGCAUGGUCCCCUGAUACAUCGCGGGUGAGAAGCAAGAUGAUUUAUGCAAGUUCCAAGGACAGAUUCAAAAGAGAAUUAGAUGGGAUUCAGAUAGAGCUGCAAGCAACUGAUCCAACUGAGAUGGAUCUUGAUGUCAUCAGAAGCCGGGCAGUUAAAUAAAUACUCUCUGGUCUUGCAAUGAAAUCCUCGGCGCUCUUUUCUUAAGAGAAAUGUUAAUAGUUUAUGGGAGUAUGAAACCUGGUCAAGACAUGGCAUUGUUUUGUUGUUUUAAUUUACAGUCUUCUCUUCUAGAACAGAUUCAGUAAAAGAUAUUGAGCAUAUUCUAUGAUGUUUCUGGUGUGGAACAGUGGAACUUAUGCAAUGAGUGCAACACAGCGUCUCUCUACAAUCGUGUUAUUAUAUGGGGUUGGACGACUCUCCUUGGUUUGUUUUUGGAACUUGUGAAAUGGAUGUUUAAACUUUAUUUUUACAUUUUUCCGUACUAAAUUGAGAAUAGAUGAAGUUAUUUGACUUCA